CCUUGUUCGCUGCUUGCCCCCCACCCCCACCCACUUGUUUUGAUGAGUUUGAGCGAAGCACGGAAAUAUGGUAUGGUCACUGAAAGACGAGGAUGUUUAAAUCAAAUAAAAUCUGGACAAAUGGAGACUCAUACAAAACCAGAGUUGAUGUAUCAUACUCAUUUUGAUUUGUUCUAUGAGGGCACUUAUAUGUUCUAUGAUCAAUCAUCAAUUCUCUGACGUGAUAAUAGCUGGCAACUUCCUAGAAAUCAAUGUUGGGAAAAACGUUACAUCAAAUCUUGGAAGUUUGUUUGCCGGGCACAACUAGUGUCCUUACUCUGAACAAUAAAGACUGAACAUGUCGAGUGCCUUGGCUAAUGGGCUGGCUGGAGCUGGUGGAGGCAUAAUUGCACAAAUAAUUACUUACCCCCUCCAAACUGUCAAUACCCGGCAACAGACGGAGCGGGUCACGAAAAAGGGCCGGGAUUCUCGUGGCAGUGCACUUUUUCAAAUUUUGCAGGUAGUUAGAAGCGAAGGUUUGUUGGGGCUUUAUAGCGGCCUGAAGCCUUCCCUGCUUGGAACCACUGUGUCACAGGGUGUGUACUACUAUUUUUACCAGGUUUUCAAGAACAAGGCUGAGGCGAUAGCAUCUGCAAAUAAGAAAAAAGGUCGAGGGGAUGGCUCUGUUGGGGCGUUCUCUUGGCUUGUCGUGGCAGCUCUUGCUGGAUCACUAAAUGUAUUACUGACAAACCCUAUAUGGAUUCUUGUUACUCGUAUGCAGACUCAUACACAAGCAGAAAGGAAAAUUUUGGAGGCAAAGAGGCAAUCCCUUUUAAAGGAAGCUUCUGAAAAUCUCUUCACUGCUGCUUCAUUGGAGGCUAAACUGGCCGAGCUUGAUUCAUCGAAACCUCAUCCCUAUGGAACAUUGCAAGCAGCACGUGAGAUUUAUGAUGAAUCCGGAGUUAUUGGAUUUUGGAAAGGAGUCAUCCCAGCAUUGAUCAUGGUGUCCAAUCCCUCGAUUCAGUUCAUGAUUUAUGAAAGUUUGUCAAAGCAGUUAAGGACUAAACGUGCUGCAAAGAAGAAAUAUGUACAAAAUACAACUGCUUGGGAGGUUUUUGUAAUCGGAGCCUUUGCUAAACUAGGAGCAACUGUUUCGACAUAUCCAUUGUUGGUUGUUAAGUCUAGGCUUCAAGCCAAGCAGGAGAUUGGUGGAAAUAUCUCGUUAAGAUAUUCAGGUACAGCAGAUGCUGUUAUUAAGAUGAUUCGUCAUGAAGGAUUCAAAAGCUUCUAUCAGGGAAUGCGCACAAAGAUAGUACAGAGCGUCUUUGCAGCCUCUGUACUUUUCAUGGUGAAGGAAGAGCUUGUUAAAUUGUAUGCGGUUCUGGCUAACAGAAGCAAGGUUAAUGUUUAGUUUGCAGUGAAUAGAUGUCUAUGUAAAUCUCUUUGCUGCAUAAUUGUAAAUGAUUGUACUGUAUUCAAGUUACAUAAGGUUUCUUUCUUUCUCUCCUAA